CCGCUCACACUCCGCCCACAGCGGGGAGCCCCGAGCGCGCGAGGUCAAGUGCGCCUAGACCCCGCCCCCUGGCGUGGGGGCGGGGCGGGCUAGCUCGGGACUGUCGGUCCCAGUCCCAGGACAGUCCAGGCCCCGAAGCGGCCCCGCGUCGGGACACCGGGUGCGAUCCCUGCCCCGCCCUCCAGCGCGGGUCGAUAGCCCAAGUUCGGCCGGACAGAUCCCCAGUCCCCGUCGCCCCCGGUGCCACUGCGGAGCCUCGUGACUCGCAGGCAGGGUGGCCACUGCAGUGGGAGCCGAUGCGCCUGACAAGAUGAAGAGCCGAAUCCCGGUGGUGCUCCUGGCCUGCGGCUCCUUCAACCCCAUCACCAACAUGCACCUGCGCUUGUUUGAGGUUGCCAGAGACCACCUGCACCAAACAGGAAUGUACCAGGUGACCCAGGGCAUCAUCUCACCUGUCAAUGACGGCUACGGGAAGAAGGACUUGGUGGCUUCGCAUCACCGAGUGGCCAUGGCCCGGCUGGCCCUGCAGACGUCCGACUGGAUCCGGGUGGACCCCUGGGAGAGUGAGCAGCCGCAGUGGAUGGAGACGGUGACGGUGCUGAGGUAGAGGUGGUCAUGCUCUCGAGCCUCGACCGGCAGGGUGCACGGGGAGCUCUUCAGCCCAGGUCUGAGAAGGGCCUCAGAGUCAUCGCCUAAGAAAGGACCCCAAGCAACAAAUUGCAAACCACUGUGGAGAGACCCACCCCCCCCCCCGAGAGCUGUAGCAUCAGGCCCUGGGCCAGUGACUCUGAGCAAGUGACUUCUCGUCUCUGAGACCUGUUUCUCACUUGCGAACUGAGGAUAAUAAACCUAAUGAGGGUUUUUUUUAAUGUGAAUAACUCUCCUAACCUAGAACAGCCUCAGAACCAUCCUUGUUAUUAUGUUCCUCAUUGACCAGGUUGGAAUUUGAAUCCAUACAAUAAGCUGUCUUUUUUGCUUAUACGAAUUCUAGGUUCUCUAAAUCCAGACUUUUAUGUAGAAUAGGGAAAAAAGGCUGUAAAGCUAGAAAUAGUUUCUCAAGAUGUUUGUUCCUCUCUGUCUUUUGGAACUGCUGUUAGUGUUCGACAUAAGCAGCACAGCUCUUUCAAGCCCAGGACCAGGGUGUUUGGGGGAGAGGCAGGAGCUUCAUCUGUCCUGGCUGUCAGCAGUGUGAGAGGGACAGCCUCACCAUCGGUGACAGUCACCAGCUCCAUGCAGGGACAGCGGACUGCGGACGGGGUCUCCCGUUUGGAAGCACCAGGAUUGUCCUGGAAUAGGAGGCACAAGGGACAGACAGGUCAAAUCAUUGGCAGGCCUGUCCAUACAGAGUUUGGUCUUCAUUUUUCACUUACUGCAGAGGCACUUGAGAGGAAACUGUUUACAUUUUGAGUAAAGGUAAUCAUUUAGAUUCCAGGGCCUGGUUCCAAUGACAUCACCUUCUGCUGUGGAAGAACCAGCUAGAAGCAUUCAUCAGUUCAGAAGCUGCUGCCAAACUAAAAGGAGAGCAAAUACAAAGUAACUGUUAAGAUGUGUGCACCCUUUUUUUGAACCACGCCUUGGGAUAAGCAAGACUCCUAUCUUGAGCGUUGCCCAAGGAAUAAAUUCGCACCUAGACCAUCCUUCUAGAUGAGUCACAGUUGCCUCAUCUACAGAGGCUGACAGAGGGGACAGAAGCAAGGCAAUAGAUGGCACAAGGAGUCACUUAGCUCGAAGCGAUCUGCUUUCUCCUCCACCCAGGGAGAGGCAGGUUGUGGAAGGCACAGGCUUUGAAGCCACACUGACCAGCCGAAUGACUUGGUGCGGGGGUGUGGCCUCCCUGAGUCUCCUCUCCUCCCCUAGUAAAACGGAUGAUGUCACCUACCUCACAGGAUACUGUGGGGAUUGACUGAGAUGAUGCAGGCCAACCACCUGGUUUAUGGGAGGUGCUGGAUAGUGCUCGCUCCCUUCUCUGCACCCUCAGCCUAGGCCGACGUGACUUGUCCUCAAAACCCAUCAGUCAUUCACAGAUACAUAGGCACAACCAUAGUAAUUUAAUGUCACUUGACGCUUCGGCUGAAAAAUGCAGGUGUGAGCAAAGAUUUUACUGAACAUACUCUUUAUCUUUUUUCCCCCCUUUCUUUAUUAUGUUCUUUAUUCUACCGCUGGCUGCACAUUGGAGCCACCUAGGGAGCUAGAUGCCUGUGAUCUCAUUGGCCAGGGGCGGGGUAAGAGUCCCCUGGUGAUGCUAAUGUGUGGCUAGGGUUGAGUCCCACGGCCUCGGCCACUGAGCGUGUAGAUCAGGCUUAUGAUUCAAACUGAGAUUCACUCAAGACCUUGAUCGAAGACCCUGGCUGCAAGUGUCACUUGGAAAACUUUUAAAAAUGCUCACCCACACUCCAGAGAUGUGGUCUCGCUGCGACGGACUCUAAGUGUGGGUGCUUUUUAGAAGGUCCCAGAUGAUUUAUGUGCUGCCAUGGUUGAGAAUCCUGGCAUAGACGAGUUUUCACAGGGAGCUGAUAGAGACCUUUCAAAGGUUGAAACUCUGGCUAAAAUCAUCAAGUCAGGUUGUUUGGGCAGCAUGGCAGGAACUGGUCCCAUCAUUUGCUCCAUCUGGUCCCCUCCUGGCAGCGUCCACAGUGGAUCAAUACCACAGUGACACAGUGGUAAAUGACAGAGGGACAGAUGUCACCGUGGUAUCAGUUCUCCAUGGAGCUUAUUGAAGAUCA